UAUAGCUUGACACUUUGUGUCACAUAUAGUUUUUAAAAUAAACAUAAAAUCCUAUCCGGCAUAAACCAAAUUCUCUGAAUUUCCUAAAAAAUGGCCCUGGAAGAUGCCUUUCCCAACAUACCCGAGGAGGUGAUGGACUACUUGCUGGAGCAGAAGGUGCGCGAGCGCAAACUAUCACUGGAGAAGGAGCUUCUCAAGGAGCGUCUGUGCAAGAUGGAGGAGCAACUCAAGCUCCUGGAGGGCCGAGACGAUGACCUAACCUGCACGAUAGCCACCGGGAAUGUCUAUCAGUUGACCACUGUGCGACAGGUGCGGGAUGCCCUCACCGCCAGUGUUUCGCUCACCAUGGAGGUGUUCCUCAAGGCUCACCGCAAGCUGUUGCGGUUGCAGCGUCAAAUGCAGGAUGACCACGAUGUGGUGUGCGACAACCUCAACAGGAUAGAUGGGUCCAACUAAAAACUUCCUUCCAUUUCGUUUGGUUUAAU